AUGGACGUCCAGCAAGAUCAGCGCAUUAGCAAACUAUUACCCACGGUAAAAUGUUCCGAUUGUGGAGAAACAGUGGAGUUUCGAAACCUAGCUGACCAUUUGUGUUCAGUUGCCCCGGCGGUUCCAGAAUUACCUCUUGCUUACAAGAACAACACAAAAAUAGGAAAGGGUGUAGUAACUAGCUCAAAAAAACAACCAAACCUCUCUCCUUUGUUUGUUGAUAACGACUCUUCGUAUUAUGCGAAUCCAUCACCUACGGAUUCUGAGCACUCGAAUUACUCCAACAAAUUCGUCGUUCCGAAUGCUAACCCAACAAAAAGCAAGCCCGCUCGUUCAUUCUUACAGAAGUACCAGCAAGUCACCGGGAAACCAAUCAAUUCGCCCUCUUUCCAGCCUCCUCCGACACCUACGUCUGAAAGAAGUUAUUCGGACGCAUCGGAUUUACAGGAUAGACCAGUGAAUAACUCCAAUGGAAAUGGAAUGUAUUACAAGGAUGCAGGCACUUUUGAUAAUAACAUUAUGCAAAAAAAUCAAGGGUAUGGGGCUAGUUUUCAAACAGAUCGUGAACGGCAACCAGAGAUUAGAAAGAUGACUCACGCAAGACCUUACGAUCAAGGAUACGAAUACCCCUCUUAUGAGAAUAAUCAGAAUCAAUACAGAAAUGAAGAUCCAUAUCUAAUGAAACAAAGGCAACCACAUCCUAAUAACAAUCAUUUAAAUGGUAAUAUGGAUCGUGGUCAAGGAAACUACCUCCGUAAUCCUAACGAUGGAUAUGGUAAUGGAGAGUAUAUGCGUCGCGAAGAACCGCGUAGUCGUAGUCGUUCACCAGCACCAGGAUAUGAUCGACAAAAUUUCAAUCAAUUACAAUCUCACUCAUAUGGUGCCUCACAGCCUCUCCGUCAAGCACCGUAUGAUCAGCAUAAUGGUCAACUACCAUACGGCCAAGACAACUAUCGAUCGCAAAACCCUUACAUACCACCACAAGAAAAUAACAGUGAUUCAUCUUAUAUGUCAAAUAACAACAAUGGAGGUCACAAAAGUAAGAACGCUUCCUUUUCAUCAACAGGAUCUGCUGUGUCAGGAGGACAAAAAUACGUUGAGAAUAGAAAUACUAAUGGCUCUAAUGGUUCCAAAGACUCAUUUAAAAGCGAUUUUGAUGACUUAAUGGAAGAUUUGCUAAGGGAAAUGGACAACAUGCAAACCCCUUCCGCGCAAAAUAAAGGAAAGUUAGAACAAAGUUCAAAUCAUUCGAAAACCCCGAGUUCUCCUGGGAAACAAAAAGUUCAAAGUGAAACUUGUGCUUACUGGUAUUAA